CCAAGCCCUACCUGCAAGUUAAACACCUGAACCGGCAGCGGCAUCUUCCACCCCCGGCGCCGCGGCGACGUUCGCUUCCGGGGCGGCGCGUCCGUCAGUUCCGGGUCAGGGCUCGGGGCGGGGUGCUGUCACUCUUAAAGGGGCCGCCGCGAUCGCAGGCGGGCGCCCAGCGCCCGGGCCGGGGCGAUCGUAUGAGCCGUGCGCGGCGGGUGUUGUGCCGGGCCUGCCUCGCGCUGGCCGCGGUCCUGGCUGUGUUGCUGCUACUGCCUCUGCCGCUACCGCUGCCUCGCGCGCCCGCACCAGACCCGGGUCCGGUCCCGACCCGGAGCCUGACCCUCGAGGUCUCCCGCCUGCAACCCGACGACGUCUUCAUUGCAGUCAAGACCACUAGGAAGAACCACGGCCCGCGCCUGCGGCUGCUGCUGCGUACCUGGAUCUCACGAGCCCCACGGCAGACGUUCAUUUUCACCGAUGGAGACGACCCUGAGCUCCAGCUACUGGCAGGUGGCCGCAUGAUCAACACCAACUGCUCUGCUGUGCGUACCCGCCAAGCACUGUGCUGCAAAAUGUCAGUGGAAUAUGAUAAGUUCAUAGAAUCCGGUCGAAAAUGGUUCUGCCACGUGGAUGAUGACAACUACGUGAACCCCAAAAGCCUGCUGCACCUGCUCUCUACCUUCUCUUCCAACCAGGACAUCUACCUGGGGCGACCUAGCCUGGACCACCCCAUCGAAGCCACAGAGAGGGUCCAGGGUGGUGGCACCUCAAACACAGUGAAAUUCUGGUUUGCUACUGGUGGGGCUGGGUUCUGCCUGAGCAGGGGCCUUGCCCUCAAAAUGAGCCCGUGGGCCAGCCUCGGCAGUUUCAUGAGCACAGCAGAGCGGGUUCGGCUGCCUGAUGACUGCACUGUGGGAUACAUCGUGGAAGGACUUCUGGGCGCCCGUCUGCUCCACAGCCCCCUGUUCCACUCCCACCUGGAAAACCUGCAGAGGCUGCCGUCUGGUGCUGUUUUGCAGCAGGUCACCUUGAGCUAUGGGGGUCCUGAGAACCCACAUAACGUGGUGAAUGUAGCUGGCAGUUUCAGCAUACAGCAGGACCCUACACGGUUUCAGUCUGUGCACUGCCUUCUCUACCCAGACACCCACUGGUGUCCUGUGAAGAACAGGGUUGAGGAAGCUUUUCAGUAACUGCCGACUCCUGGUGGCUGCUCUACCUGGCUCCCUCGGGCCUUAGGUUCAGGCAGAAGCUGCUUGAAGGCCUCCCACAACCCCGGUCCCAGUUGGACACCAGGUACCUCGGGAAAAUGAGAAAACUGGGCUGUACGCACUGGGACCGUCCAGGAAGAGAGAAAGGCAAAGAUGCUGAGUGCCUGAUCCCUCUAGCCCAGCCACGGGUCCUUCCCUGGAUAAUGUCUACCACUCCAGCUACCCCAGAGACAGUGGUUUCCAGCCCAGCCACAGGUCCUUCCCUGGAUAAUGUCUACUACCCCAGCUACCCCCGGACUGUGGUUUCCAGCCUCCAACUGCUGCAACUUGUCCUCAACCGAGGAAGAUGGGGCCAGGUGGACUAGUCAUUAAGGGGCGGGCUUCAGGCCUGGCUACUGGCUCUUGCUAGAGGGCUCAAAGAGCCACCACUAAAGUAAGAAUGUGCAGACUGUGUGGCCAGAGGACACUUAGGGCCAGCCUCAGGACUGUUGCUGCGUCCCAGAGACACUGCUGGGAGACUUCCUCCCUGUAACGGUGUUCAGGAUGCUUCCCCUCUGAGCUUCCCAUCGCUAGAGCCUUCCCUUUGGGCUCCUCAGGAGCGAGAUGCAGGCUCAUCUGCUUCUACAGGAGUGCCCGAGGGGAAGUGGUUACAGUGUUGAGUAAAGGCUUCCUUGUUAUUCUUA